AUGGUGCUGACCUCUCGCCUCGUCCUUGCUAUCUCUCUUCUCACUCCGGCCACCUAUGCAGGCGUAUCGCCACUCGAUCCUCCUCUCAAUACCGGGGCCCUUGACGGCCAGGUCGAUGCAGAGAGGUAUAUAAAGAUCUGCCACGCCAAGUACGACCAAUGCCGUGACGAAAUGUCCCACGGGAACAGCAGCUAUGCAGCUGGAUGCAGAAGCCCGGAGAAUUGGAUAUAUGCCAGCGACUUCAGCGAGGCUACUCCAUUCCUCGAUCGGCCCGACAUCGUCGGUAUACAGACCCUCUACCGGUGGAAAGAGACGGAGAAUCCUCAAAACCGCUACGACUUUUCCGAGAUCCGCGAGAAUCUGGCCGCUGCGCGAUCCAAGGGCAAAAAGUUGUGGGUGCAGAUACAGGACCGAACCUUCUACGUCAAUUCAAAUCCGGUGCCGAAUUAUUUGCACACACCGCUCUACGACAAUGGAAGCGUGCCCCAAUGCGACGGUACGAACUGUGAGGCUGACUUCCAGCCGAGUGGGUAUGCCGUAGCGCAGUGGAACAAACAUGUGCGACGGCGUUUUCAGGCCUUGCUGAACGCCAUGGCAAACGAGCCUGACGGCGAAAUCUACGGCGUCAACCUUGCCGAGACGGCGAUCAGCGUUGAAGCCUGGCCAAGAACACAACUCGAGCCAGAUCUGAACGCUACCGAGAACCCGAAUCCCCAGACUGGCAAGCAGUUCACCAAAGAAGAGUUUCAGAACUACGCGGUCAACUGCUUGGGGGUGAAUAUCAUUUUCUGGGCCACCUCCACCCCUUGGCUAAACGAGACUCAGCCGAACGGCCGUUGA